AUGGUUAAGCGGGUUAUUAGAAAACGGCCCAAGGCCGUCAAGCGUGAAUUAAUCCAGGACGCAAUGGUGCCUUCGCCCAAGCGCCUGAAACCGAGCAGCGAGUCGUGCAAGGCUCCGGUUGCCCUCCCGACUCCAGACGACGAGGUGGCAACAGAGGGGUUCGGCAAUAGCGCCGAUGACUCCAAGUUCAUUGCUGAGCUCGAAAUGGACGAUAAAGAAAUUGUCCAGGAUCCUCUGCCUAUGCCCGAAGAUCCUCUCGACAAGGUGGCCAGAGUACUUGCUGCUGGGUGGCCCAACGGCAACGAUGACGAGGCUUCAUUUGGCAACGACAUCGACAUUGAGGAUGAUCUUGGUACACUUACGGACGACGACGAGGUUCUUAUUGACUCGCCGUCGCACGCUGCCGCUAAACGCUGGCCUCUUGACGAGAGUCCCGAGGCGCUGACUUUUUCAGUUCUCAAUGCCUCGUCGUCGUCGUCGUCGUCCUGCCAAAACACACCCGCGUUCCGGUCGGACAACGGAAGCUCUGAGUUUGCGCCCUCAGCUUCUGACGAGCAGGCGCCCGGUCUGGAAAUCGACGAUUUCAUUGACUACGAUUCUUGUUCCAGCGACGAUAACGAAUCAGGCGUUGCCUCGCCGUCCAGCGAAGACUCGACCUCGACCCGCCGUGCUCCAGUGUUUAACACAUCGCUUCCUUUAUACUUCUAUCGCGAGCGGCCCGAAGAAGAGAUUCCGUGGCUUUCGGAAGUCGACUUCAAAGCCACAGACGUUUUAGCGGCGUGGUCCUCGGUUGCCCCUGGCAUUGACCCGUGCGCUAAAGCUUCCUACAUCCGCAAUGUGGUUUUCGCUGCUGCGAGUCUCAAUCCAACCAGCAUGGCCAGCGGCCGUGCUCGCCAGACUAUGGCUCCUCCGAUUUCGCUUACCGUCGACUUUUGA